CCCGUGGCUGGGCUGGCAGAAGCCGCUACCCGCACUGCGCCCAGCACCCUGUGCAGCCUUCACCUCAUCUCCGAGGCGUGGCGCGUUCCGGGGUCCUGUCUGCCCAUGGACUCGGCCUCGUCCCCGCCCAGUGCGGAGAGGAAGCGCACGGGCUGGGGCCUCCUGCUGGGCGCCCGGCGGGGCAGCGUGGGACUAGCCAAGAAGUGUCCCUUUUCGCUCGAGCUGGCUGAGGGUGGCCCGGUGGGCGGCACGCUCUACGCGCCCAUCGCGCCACCCGGAGCCCCGGGACCCGCAUCCCCCAUGUCGCCCCCUGUGUCUCCCGCCGCGGCCCCCGCAGACCUCGGACCACGGCCGCGGGUGAGCCUUGACCCGCGCGUCUCCAUCUACAGCACGCGCCGGCCGCUGCUGGCGCGCACCCACAUCCAGGGCCGCGUCUACAACUUCCUCGAGCGCCCCACGGGCUGGAAGUGUUUCGUGUACCACUUCACCGUCUUCCUCAUUGUUCUGGUCUGCCUCAUCUUCAGUGUCCUGUCCACUAUUGAACAGUAUGCUGCUCUGGCCACUGGGACCCUCUUCUGGAUGGAGAUCGUCCUGGUGGUGUUCUUUGGGACAGAGUAUGUGGUCCGCCUCUGGUCUGCAGGCUGCCGCAGCAAGUACGUGGGCAUCUGGGGCCGGCUGCGCUUUGCCCGGAAGCCCAUUUCCAUCAUUGACCUCAUCGUGGUUGUAGCCUCUAUGGUUGUGCUCUGUGUGGGUUCCAAAGGACAAGUGUUUGCCACAUCAGCUAUCAGGGGCAUCCGCUUCCUUCAGAUCCUGCGGAUGCUGCACGUUGAUCGCCAGGGGGGUACCUGGAGGCUUCUGGGCUCUGUAGUCUUCAUUCACCGUCAGGAGCUGAUCACCACCUUGUACAUUGGCUUUCUGGGUCUUAUCUUCUCCUCCUACUUUGUCUACCUGGCUGAGAAAGAUGCAGUGAACGAGUCCGGCCGCAUCGAGUUUGGCAGCUAUGCGGAUGCUCUGUGGUGGGGGGUGGUCACAGUCACCACCAUUGGCUAUGGGGAUAAGGUACCCCAGACGUGGGUCGGGAAGACCAUCGCCUCCUGUUUCUCUGUCUUUGCCAUAUCCUUCUUCGCACUCCCAGCGGGGAUACUUGGCUCCGGGUUCGCCCUGAAGGUCCAGCAGAAGCAGAGGCAGAAGCACUUCAACCGGCAGAUCCCAGCUGCAGCAUCACUCAUCCAGACUGCAUGGAGGUGCUAUGCUGCUGAGAACCCUGACUCAUCCACCUGGAAGAUCUAUGUCCGGAAGCCUGCCCGGAGUCACACUCUGCUGUCCCCCAGCCCCAAGCCUAAGAAGUCUGUCAUGGUAAAGAAGAAGAAGUUCAAGUUGGACAAGGAUAAUGGGAUGAGUCCUGGAGAGAAAAUGUUCACUGUCCCUCACAUCACAUAUGAUCCCCCAGAGGAUCGGAAGCCAGACCAUUUCUCCAUUGAUGGCUAUGACAGCUCAGUAAGGAAGAGCCCUACACUGCUGGAAGUAAGCACACCCCAUUUCUUGAGAACAAACAGCUUUGCUGAGGACCUGGACCUGGAAGGGGAGACACUGCUGACCCCCAUCACCCAUGUGUCACAGCUGCGGGAACACCAUCGGGCCACCAUCAAGGUGAUCAGGCGCAUGCAGUACUUUGUAGCCAAGAAGAAAUUCCAGCAAGCACGGAAGCCCUACGAUGUGCGGGAUGUCAUCGAGCAGUACUCUCAGGGCCAUCUCAACCUUAUGGUGCGCAUUAAAGAGCUACAGAGAAGGCUGGACCAGUCCAUCGGAAAGCCAUCUUUGUUCAUCCCCAUCUCAGAGAAGAGCAAGGACCGUGGUAGCAACACCAUUGGUGCCCGUCUGCACCGGGUAGAAGACAAGGUGACACAACUGGACCAGAGGCUGAUGAUCAUCACAGACAUGCUCCACCAGCUGUUGUCCCUGCACCAAAGUGGUCCAGGGUGCAAUGGCAGGCCACAGGUGGUGGCUAGUGACGAAGGUGGCUCCAUCAACCCUGAGCUCUUCCUACCCAGCAACAGCCUGCCCACCUACGAACAGCUGACUGUGCCCCGGAUAGGCCCUGAUGAGGGCUCCUGAGGGGUAACCCGACAGGUCUGCCCCACCUCCCUCUCAACAGGGGCACUCACCCUUGGUCCUCACCCCCUUGAAGGCUUGAUAUGACAGUCUAGCUCCCCAUGGCCCCAAAACCCAUGGACCAAGCCACCAGCUUGAACCUGGAGCUCACCAAGGCCCAGCCAGUAGGUACUAGAACUUGGCUUGGCAUGGGGUUCCUCUCAGGCCAGAAUUGUCAGUCCUAUCAAGAUGGUGAUGUUGUUCGCCUGAUGGCUGGGACACAGUGAUGGGGAGCAUCUGUGUAGGGCUAGGAUGCAACUCAGGCAGAGGGAGGCUCGUCCAGGUGAUGUCAAGUAGCUUCCUAAAGGGAGACAAGAAGAAUCUGGCAGAGUCUGGGGUCCUCACCCUCAGCCUUGAAUCCAGGGCUCAACUGGGAGCAGGCAGGGCAGGGCAUGCCCAACCCACUCUAUAGGGUAGAGGCCAAUGGGGGCUCAGCAGGUCAGAGCCUGAUUCCUUCACUCUCUAGUGAUGCUGAUCACAUGAACAGGAUACCAUAGGGGUUCCCAGCUUCCCUCAAAGGAUAUCCCAAGCAGGGGAAUGUCCACUGACCACCACCCUAGCCAGCUAUGAACUGACAGCUCCUCCCCCAAAGUGACCAGCAGGGCCCUCAGGCCCUAUGAACCCUAUGUGCGCAGUCAGCCCCUUACUCCUUGGUGAUCAGAGGUACCGGACAGAUGCUCUGACUCCAGCCUCAUCACACCACAUCUCUCAGCCAGCAGCUGAGCCAUGGUGCCAUUAGUGGUAUCAGCAUUUCUCCCAGGAUUGGUUCCUUGGGCAUCGCACCUCACAGAAAUCAGAAUAAUUUCUGGUGAUUCAGAAUCUCUGUUUUAAUGAAUUUUAUAGUGUGAUCUUGAUUGAAAGGCUUUUCCAAAUAAACGUGGGACAUCUCAGGUU